AUGUAUUCUAAUAAUCACCAUUCGCGACCCCAUGUAUCCAUACCUCCAGGCUCCCAGCAGCCAAUGAACCCGGCACCACCUUUUUCACCCUAUGCAUUCGAACUUACUACGCCGGCGGCAGGCCAGCAACAUAUGUCCAACCCGUGGGACACCUCAGAUCAACACAUUCCAGGGGCCUUCGAACCGCGUCCCCAUUCUAUCCUUCGUUCCCAAUCUUCCAGUCCUAGCCAUGCCAGCACAGUUUAUGAAGCACGGGAACCUCCUAUUGCUUUCCCAGAACCUCAGUUAUUUCGUUCAUCGUCUCAAAGAGCUACACUUUCUCCCGGAAAUACAUCGAUGCUCUCGCAUCGACAUAGCAGAAGUGCUUUGGGCAGUGAUGGUCCGCACCUACGACGAGAAGAAUCGUACCUAUCUUUGGCUUCGUCUUAUGAUCAGCCGGAUGACAGUGACCAUUACGAAACCGCGUCUGCUGGCUCACACGGUGACGCCGAUAACGCGACUCAACAACUUUCUAAUCUGUCAUUGGAACCGGAAGAAGGACUGCGGAAGUUUCAAGCCGGAGAAUUACCUGAAAUUGAUCAAGAAUGGUAUAAAUUAGUCCCUUCAGAGGCCCGAGAAGCUCUCGGAAAAAAAGAGGUACAAAGACAGUCCGUAUUAUUUGAAGUGUUCAAAUCGGAACGCGAUUAUGUCUCUGACUUAGAGGCUGUACAAGAUGUUUUCAUAACGCCAUUGAGGACUGCUUCCCCGCCAAUCAUUACCGAAAACAUCCUACCCCGGUUCAUCACCGAAGUUUUCGGGAAUUUGAACCAGAUUCUUACCCAUCACCAACGACUUUUAGCAGCUCUUUUUGCUCGCCAACGCGAGCAGCAUCCAUUCGUUCUUAGUAUUGCUGAUAUCAUACUGGAGACCGCUUUGAACCCUAGUUUCAGGUCUGCGUACGAAAUCUAUAUCAAACACUACCCUAUAGCGGAGUCUCGUCACCGACAAGAACUUAAACGAAACCCUUCUUACCAGUCUUUCAUCCAAUCUGUGUCAUCCGACCCGAGAAUUCGAAAACGUGAUUUGGUCACCUUCCUCUCGCGCUCCGUAACUAGGCUGCCCCGUCUCAGCUUACUCCUUGAACAGAUACUGAAACUGACCGAGAAAGAUUCCGGACAUCCAGACUUGGAAAGUCUGCCAAUCAGUUUAGGGAUCUUCAGCGAUUUCAUAAAGAGCACUCAGCCCGGAAUAGAGGCGGCAGAGAGUAAGGUCAAAUUUUGGUCAUUAUGCGAAAGUUUGCAGUAUCAGAAGGGCGAAACGAUCGACAUGGAUCUGUAUGAUGACAGCCGUACACUUGUGUACUCUGGACCUGUUUCACGAAGAGCCCGCUCAUCAACGUCCGGGUCUUGGACCGACCUUGUCGUGGCCCUUCUGGACAAUUUCUUCCUUUUGACCCGCGAAGAGACGAGACCGAAUGCCGUUGUUAAACGAUAUCUCAUCUCCCGCCCGCUCCCUCUGUCUUUUUUACGUUUAGGAUCCUUCUCUGAUCCCCCUGAAUAUCGUAAGGAAUACGAUAAGGAUGGUGGUGUUUUAGGUUUGCGAUACCAAAACGUGCCCGUAUAUCCCUUCACCAUAUACCACGCCUCAAGUAGGGUCAAUCACCGAUAUACCCUCUAUGUUCUGAGUGAUUCGAUACGUAGAAAGUGGUACAACUAUCUUGUUGAUGCUCUUGGGGUCAACAAAGCUAGACAGGACGGAAACAUGUACUUCGAUGCACAGACGCUCUCCGACUCUUUCUUCCGUGUUACGGGACCGAAAUACAUCUCGGGAGGGCAUUUGACUGGUAAGGUUACCAGCGCAGUGCCAUUCGGUUGCGGAGGGCGUAAUUUUCUUGCCGUUGGCUGUACAUCAGGCAUAUAUGUCUCAUUACGCGGAAAGGAUGAGUUUCGGAAGGUUCUAGAUCAUCCUAAUCCGACGUCAAUAGCUGCCGUCCAGACGUUUGAAAACAAGACCUUCAACAGAUUUCUUGUACAUCACGAUUCAGUCCUAACGUCGUAUUCCCUCGACCUUGUUGCACGAGUGGCGCUUGGUCAAGCUCAACAGAAAACCCUGGAAGCUUCACUGGAAAAAGUAGCAGGCCAUGACGCCAAUGUUCUUUUCUUUCGGCAAGUGCACAUCGGCUCACGGGUCUUGAUCAUAUACGCCUCAAAGAAGCUUUUGCAAGUGUCACUCGGCCUUCAAGUACUUGAGGCUGUAGAUGUGUCAGAGGCGCCCAUGUCUCCAAGACGCAACUCUCCAACAACCGCAAGAUCCUUUCGUCCUUUUGGUGAUGCUGGUUAUGUUCCCAAAGAUGCGCACGAGAUUACGGCGUUAGUCAAGACUAUUGGGGUAUGUACUGAUGCUGGGAUAGUCAUCUUGGAUCCAACCAACCUAGCACGAUCUACAGUGACAGUUGUCCCCAAUCUAAGUGACGCAGCAAAUAAUUCCGUCAUGACAACACUGAAAUCACGCCUAGAGGAUGCUAAGCCACUAGGGCUUGUUCGUUGUGACGCAAACGAGCUUCUGGUCGUCUAUGAUAGUGUUGGAUGCUAUAUCACAAAACACGGCCAACCCAGCCGUCAGUGUACAUAUGUCAAGUGGGAAACGCAGGCAACUUCGUUUGCCCAUCGUGGCGCUCAUUUUCUCCUCUUUUCGCCGGAGUUCAUCGAAAUCAGGAAUAUUCUCACUGGCCGUCUUGUGCAGGUUAUAGAAGGCGAAAAUAUUCGCUUCUUGUAUUCCGGACCUGCUGUAAGCUCGAAUGAUACGAUUCUAGUUGGGAUGCGAGGCGCCAAAAACGAUAAAGACGGUGUCAGCGACCGCAUAGUGGAGCUGGUGGAAACAAAAGAACUCGGGGCGAACAACCCGCCGGUUACUAACGGCUCACCUGCGAUGUGGGCAGAGUGGGAUAUGCAGUGA